GCUGUCUGUGCAAAUUACCAGGUUGCAUCUUCACUGAUCGGAAUACAAUUCUUCACCAAAGGACAUGGAUGAAAGUGAAAGCAGCCAGUCCCUGAUGACAAGCAGCCAGUAUCCUAAAGAAGCAGUAAGAAAACGCCAAAAUUCAGCUCCGAAUUCUGGAGGAAAUAAUUUUUCUAGGAAAAGCUUCAAGCUGGAUUACAGACUAGAGGAAGAUGUAACUAAGUCAAAAAAAGGAAAAGAUGGUAGAUUUGUUAACCCUUGGCCAACAUGGAAAAACCUCUCUAUUUCAAAUGUUCUCAGAUGGCUGAUAAUGGAGAAGGAUCACAGCAGUGUUCCAUGUUCCAAAGAGGAACUUGACAAAGAACUCCCAGUGCUUCAACCAUAUUUUGUCAAUGACCCUGGAGAAGCUGGAGUGAGGGAAGCUGGCUUAAGAGUCACAUGGCUGGGACACGCCACGCUGAUGGUGGAAAUGGAUGAACUCAUAUUUCUCACAGAUCCUAUCUUCAGCUCUCGUGCUUCUCCAUCGCAGUACAUGGGUCCAAAGCGAUUCCGUUUUCCCCCAUGCACAAUAAAUGAACUCCCCCGAAUAGAUGCAGUCCUUAUCAGCCACAACCACUAUGACCACCUGGACUACAGUUCUGUCAUUGCUUUGAAUGAGCGAUUUGGUAAUGAGUUGAGAUGGUUUGUGCCUUUGGGUCUCCUCGACUGGAUGCAAAAAUGUGGCUGUGAGAACGUGAUUGAGCUGGACUGGUGGGAGGAGAAUUGUGUCCCUGGCCACGACAAGGUCACCUUUGUCUUUACACCUUCCCAGCACUGGUGUAAAAGGACCCUAAUGGAUGACAACAAGGUUCUCUGGGGAAGCUGGUCUGUCUUGGGGCCUUGGAAUCGAUUUUUUUUUGCUGGAGAUACUGGUUAUUGCCCUGCUUUUGAAGAGAUAGGAAAAAGGUUUGGACCUUUUGACCUUGCUGCUAUUCCCAUAGGAGCUUAUGAACCAAGGUGGUUUAUGAAAUACCAGCAUGUAGACCCAGAAGAAGCUGUCAGGAUUCACAUCGAUGUUCAAACAAAGAAAUCUGUGGCAAUUCACUGGGGAACUUUUGCCUUAGCAAAUGAGCAUUACUUAGAGCCUCCAGUGAAACUGAGUGAAGCUCUAGAAAGAUAUGGACUUAAGACUGAAGAUUUUUUUGUCUUGAAGCAUGGAGAAUCAAGAUACUUAUAUAACGAGGAUGAAAACUUUGAAUAUGAGCACAGGAGCUUUUGAUGAAAAAAGCAUCAUUUGAUGUAAAUUUGAAGGCAAAUGACAAGACUAAGCAAGUCAUGAAUAUUAUGAUAUUUACACUUCUGCAAGUGUUUUAUGUUUUGUGUAAUAACUUGCUAUGAUGACUAGCUUAUAUAAAAGAAACGUUCAGGAGUGAGUCAUUUAAAUAAUGAGUUGACAAUGUGGAUUUAAAAAUCUUAUAUUAAUGGUAUAACCAAUGCAAUAGAAAUUAUUUACUAAAGCAUUAUACUUUAGCGGUGGUAGAAUUUUCUGAGAUAAUGAAAAACUUGAUACAUUUGUUUUUUAAUUUUUUCAGGACCUCUACAAGGUGAAUCAAGGUUUUAUAGUUAUCUAG